AUGGUCGGCUACCAGAUGAUCUGGAACGGCGAGCACUUCAGGUUGCUGGACGUGCGGGGCCUCGCCCACAUCUCCUACUCGCACCCCACCCGAGGCCACUGCGACCCGGCGGAGAACGGCUGCAUGGCGGAUUUCACCGACCCGCGGCGCCUGCCCUACUGCUCGGAGCACGGGGGGGGCGCGCGCGCGCUUCCCCACCGGGCGCCGUGCAAGAUCAAGGACUUCGUCGAGCUGACCCCGGGUGAUUCUGGAGACAAGAUCUUCGUGCCCACCAGUGUGGAGGUGCUCACGGAGGCCCGCGUGUGCCCGCGCGGGCCCGGUGACGCGCACGGGUGCUUCUACGAGCGGCUGCCGGGGGCGGAUUGCCUGGCCCACGGCAAGUAUAUGUGCCAGACCCGCGGCGGCGAGCCCAGCCAGUUCUACUACGUGGCCGACGCCGAGCGCUACGACCUUAGGUUCACCUCCAGCUUCGAGCGGAACGGGAUCCACGGGACCUCGCUGGAGUACCCCGGCUACGUCGGGGUCUGCACGGGACUUCACGCGCCGCGAGCGCCGCGCUCCUGGGCGCAGCGCAAGAUGGACCAGACAGUCGCCCAGAAAGCUUGCGACGGCACGGAGGCCCCCGGCGUCGCCGUGGAGAAGAUCGCCUGCAUGGCGGGCGAGGUGUGCGCCACACAGCGGCAGUUCGACGUCAGGAGGGACGUGAUCCAGGGAGGCCAGCGCCAGCUCAAGGACACCAUGAGGAACCGGUUCGGCCAGGGCCCGAGCCCCGUGUCCCUGCGGCUGGAGCGCGGCCGCGGACGCCCGCCAGAGGGGGGAGCGGCCCAGCAGGUCGGCUCAGGGGCAGCUGGCGGUUUAGAGGUGGUCGACAGGCGGAUUGGCCCUCCCCAGACGGCCCACCCGGUCCACCGGGCAGGGAUGACGGCCGUCCGCAUGUGCCUGACGCGCGCACCCGGGCUCGCCACCCUGGAGCUCGCCUUGGGCGCUUGCAAUAUCGCCUCCCUCUCGGCCCGUGCCGCCGACAUCGACGCUGGAGCUCGCAUGGUCAUCAUGGACGACCUCCCCUUCUGGGCGGGCUUGUUGGUGUCCCUCGCUGCCAAGUACCUCGGCUUCUACAUCGGCCCCGAGGCCUACCAGCAGGAAUGGGCGGCGGCAGAAACUAAGUACAGUGAUCGUUCCGGGACAUGGAGUUGGCGAUCAAGCUACGUGUAUUAUCCUCCUCCGGGCGACGCUGGCGCGAACACCUCCGUGAACUACGAGCCCUGCAACUACACGACGAGCAGCGAGCACGCCCACCAUCUCGACCGUGGCUGGAUCGCUCGGCCGUCUGCGCCCUCGAACAUGCCGUAUUGGUUGCCGAAGACUUACUUCCACGCCUCCGGCUUCACGACCUACUCUACAGUGGUCAGCUCGGCGCCUACCGGCGCAUUCGUGCAGCACGUGGCCAUCCGCAUCUCGAACAUCUCCUCCGUGAGCGCUGGGAUUGCGCCCUCCCGUGCAGCUCAUGGGGGCGACGCGCCGCCCGUCGGGAUCGUGGCCUGCAGCGUGGCGUUGACCAGCUCGGAGAUGUCGCUCUGCGCAGUGGCCUCCUGCGCCGCCGCUGACGCGGCCGUGGCGCGCUGGGCCUCCCAGCACCUGCAGCUCCUCCUUCGCGUCGGCGAUCUCCUUCGUGCGGCUCUGGUACGCGGCGGCCCGCGUGGGGAUCUGCGCGGGGGUUGCCUGGCGGUCGGCUUCCAGGUCGUCGAUUUUGGCUUGAUGGCGGUAAUCUGCCCGCUGGGCGAUUGCGCCUGCUGGUCCAGGCCAUGGGUCAUGUGGGCGCCUCAGCUGCUGAUGCUGCUCUCUGGGUGCCCGAUGUAUGUGGCCGGGCUGCAGCAUGAGACGAAGGCCAGCCUGGCGGCGGACAGCGCGGCGUCGAGCGGCCGAGAGGCCGCCGUGGCCGCUGCUGGGCGUGCGGCGGAGGCGAGGGCCGUGGAGGCUGCCGCCGCGGAGGACGAGCUGCUGGCGCAGCGCGCGGCGCGGGACGCCGCCCUCAAAGAUCCCCCCCUCCGCCUGCUGCAGGACCGCGGCGACGAGGAGGGCCCCGAGGGCGAAGGCUCCCAGGUGCCCGGACAGGACGCGGAGGCGCCCGAGGACACGGCCAGAGCCAUGAUGGCAAAGUGGGCCGACGAGGAGCACAAGGGCAAGAUCAUUCAGAAGAUGACCACCGCCACCACCACCGAGCCCAUCGAAGUGCGCGCCGAGCGCCGCUGGCAGCAGAAGCUGGACACGCUGCUGAGCGUCAAGACCUUCCUCUACCAGGACGGCGGCAUCGUCGGGAACCUGGCGCGCCAGCUCGCCGUCCCCGUGGCCGCCCUGGGCCUGGGCCUGGUGCUGUGGUGCGCGCUGCCGAAGCAG